GCCCGAUCCUCCACCAAGUGGCUGAGCACCGUGAGCGGGGUCUUCUCCACAGGCGAGCCGCCGCUGAGCUCCAAACUUCAGCCAGUCUCCGCCAGACACAGGAGCCCGGAGGAGAGCAGCGUUCUGAGGCUAGAAAAGUAGCGAAGGGGGUUUCUGUCUUCUCACCCCGGCACCAGACACUGAGAAAAGCCACUCUUUUACCCUCUUUCACUCACUCUUGUUGCUUUUAAUUUUUUUUAUUUUAUUUAUCCUCCUCCUGCGUCUUCUCCUUCCCCGUGUCGGUCGCUCCUUCCCCGGGAGUGAGAGCGCACGCAGGCGGGAGAACCAGGGCACACGAGCCGCUUCUCAGGGCGCAUGAGGUGUCGGGACUGAGCGCCGAGCAGAGCAGCACCUGGCCGGCCAUGGAGGCGUGUGUCCCGGGCAGGGGAAUGUGAGGCUCCGGGGCUGAGUUUGGUUCUGUUUCUGGAAGGGGGGGGGACCUGCACUGCCUGAUCGCCCGAGCCUGUGUCCCAGAUCGAGGGGAGCAUGCCUCAGACCUGCAGACUCUCCGCUGCAGAGGAGUUCCCAUCAGACUGUCUCUCCACUAUCUGACAUUUAAUUUUUUCCCCCCACAUUUCCUCUACAUGCACUUUUUUUUUGUAUCCUUGUUUGGCUUCAGUGAAUUAAAGGUGAGAGAGGAUCAACGAUGAGCAUCUCUGAGAGCGGUCGGCUUGGACUUUUUUAAUCAGAGCCUUUUGAGUCCCGACGCCAACCUGCCACAGACCAUCACCGCCCGGCGCCAUGGCGUGCUCUUUGUGGAAACUACACACCUUCUGCUGGUUCCUCAUCACACUAGCCCAAGUGCACUCCACAGAGGGGUUCAGUCGAGCCGCCCUGCCGUUCGGCUUAGUGCGCAGAGAGCUGUCUUGUGAGGGUUACCCCAUCGAUCUGCGGUGUCCGGGAAGUGACGUCAUAAUGAUCGAGAGUGCCAACUACGGCCGGACGGACGACAAGAUCUGCGACGCCGACCCGUUCCAGAUGGAGAACGUCAACUGCUAUCUUCCAGAUGCCUACAAGAUUAUGUCGCAAAGAUGCAACAAUCGGACCCAGUGCAUCGUGAUCACUGGCUCAGAUGUCUUCCCUGACCCCUGCCCAGGGACCUACAAAUACCUGGAGGUCCAGUAUGAGUGUGUGCCCUAUAUUUUUAUUUGUCCCGGGACUCUGAAAGCUGUCGGCGAGCCGUCCUUUCUAUUUGAAGCGGAGCAACAAGCCGGCGCCUGGUGCAAAGACCCGCUGCAAGCCGGCGACAAAAUCUACUUUAUGCCUUGGACUCCCUAUAGGACAGACACUCUCAUUGAGUAUUCCUCCCUGGAUGACUUCAAAAACGCCCGGCAAACCAUCACCUACAAGCUGCCCCACCGGGUGGAUGGCACCGGAUUUGUGGUCUACGACGGCGCCGUGUUUUUCAACAAGGAGCGGACGCGCAACAUCGUGAAGUUUGACCUGCGAACUCGUAUCAAAAGCGGCGAGGCCAUCAUCAACAAUGCAAACUACCACGACACGUCGCCUUACAAGUGGGGUGGCAAAACAGACAUUGAUCUGGCGGUCGACGAGAACGGGCUGUGGGUGAUCUACGCCACGGAGCAGAACAACGGCAUGAUGGUGAUCAGCCAGCUGAACCCUUACACGUUACGGUUCGAGGCAACCUGGGACACGACCUAUGAUAAACGCUCGGCCUCCAAUGCCUUCAUGGUUUGUGGAGUACUGUACGUGGUCCGCUCCACCUAUGAAGACAAUGAGAGCGAGGUCAGCAAGAGCCUGAUCGAUUACGUUUACAACACCAAACAGAACCGUGGGGAAUACGUCGAUAUCCACUUUCCCAACCAGUACCAGUACAUUGCAGCGGUGGAUUAUAAUCCGCGAGAUAACCAGCUCUAUGUGUGGAAUAAUUUUUACAUCCUGAGGUACAACCUGGAGUUCGGCUCACCUGAUCCAGCACAUGAUUCACCACAGUCAGAAGCCACCGCGGCCCCGCAGCCUCAGAGAACCACAACCACCACCACCACCACCACGGUGCACCGGGGCGUGGCCAACACCACCACCACAACAGGGCUGAAGGAGGGCAGCAGGGGAGCGCCCAAGCCCCCUCCCGUGAUCCCGCAGACGACUGCCCCUCCGCCUCUGGAGUCCUACCCUCUACCUGAGCGCUUCUGCGAAGCCGCCGAGAAGAGAGACAUAAUGUGGCCUCAGACCCAAAGGGGCAUGGUGGUGGAGCGACCUUGCCCCAAGGGAACAAGAGGCACGGCGUCUUAUUCAUGUGUCCUUUCCACCGGGGCCUGGCACCCUAGGGGCCCUGAUCUCAGCAACUGUACCUCCCACUGGGUCAACCAAGUCGCCCAGAAGAUUCGCAGCGGUGAAAAUGCGGCAAACUUGGCCAACGAGCUGGCCAAGCACACCAAGGGCCCCAUCUAUGCCGGGGACGUCAGCUCGUCCGUGCGCCUCAUGGAGCAGCUGGUGGACAUCCUGGACGCCCAGCUGCAGGAGCUCAGGCCCAGCGAGAAGGACUCUGCAGGGCGGAGCUUCAACAAGCUUCAAAAACGAGAAAGGACAUGCAGGGCAUACAUGAAGGCUAUUGUGGACACAGUCGAUAACCUCCUGCGACCGGAAGCCUUGAAGUCCUGGCAAGACAUGAACAGCACGGAGCAGACGCACGCGGCCACCAUGUUGCUGGACACUCUGGAGGAGGGGGCCUUCGUCCUCGCCGACAACCUCAUGGAGCCCGCCUUCGUCAAAGUUCCUGCAGACAACAUAAUCCUGGACGUGUACGUGCUCACCACAGACGGCCAAGUUCAGGAUUUCAAAUUCCCACAAUCCAGCAAGGGGGGCGUCUCAAUCCAGCUCUCGGCCAACACGGUCAAGCUCAACAGCCGGAAUGGAGUUGCCAAGCUGGUGUUUGUCCUCUACAAGAACCUGGGCCAGUUCCUCAGCACAGAGAACUCCACCAUUAAGAUGGCCGACUCCUAUGGCCGCAACGUGUCAGUGGCCGUCAACUCCGACAUCCUCGCCGCCUCGAUCAACAAGGAGUCAAGCCGCGUGUUCAUUAAUGACCCCGUGAUUUAUACCCUGGAGCACAUCGAUAUGGAGCACUACUUCAACUCCAAUUGCUCCUUCUGGAAUUACUCUGAGAGGAGCAUGAUGGGAUACUGGUCCACCCAAGGCUGCAAACUCCUGGAUUCCAAUAAAACACACACCACCUGCUCCUGCACUCAUCUCACCAACUUUGCCAUUCUCAUGGCGCACCGUGAAGUCUCAGUUAACGACCGGGUCCACGAGCUGCUUCUCACCGUCAUCACCCGCGUGGGGAUCGUGGUGUCCCUUGUCUGCCUCACCAUGAGCAUCUUCACCUUCUGCUUCUUCCGGGGCCUGCAGAGCGACCGCAACACCAUCCACAAGAACUUGUGCAUUAAUCUCUUCAUCGCCGAGUUAAUAUUCCUAAUUGGUAUCGAUAUGACGGAACCCAGGAUCGGCUGCGCCAUCAUCGCGGGGAUCCUUCACUUCUUCUUCCUGGCCUCCUUCUCCUGGAUGUGUCUCGAGGGGGUCCAGCUGUACCUCAUGCUCGUGGAGGUCUUCGAGAGCGAGUACUCUCGGAAGAAGUACUACUACGUGUCUGGUUACCUCUUCCCCGCCAUCGUGGUCGGGGUCUCGGCGGCCAUCGACUACCAGAGCUACGGGACAGAGAAAGCGUGCUGGCUAAGUGUGGAUAAUCAUUUCAUAUGGAGUUUUAUUGGACCUGUCACCUUUAUCAUCAUGCUCAAUCUCAUCUUCCUGGUCAUCACAAUGUACAAAAUGGUGAAGCACUCCACCACCCUGAAACCGGACUCGAGCCGACUGGAGAAUAUAAAAUCCUGGGUCCUGGGUGCGUUCGCCCUCCUGUUCCUGCUGGGCCUGACGUGGUCCUUCGGCCUCUUCUUCAUCAACGAGGCCUCCAUCGUCAUGGCGUACCUCUUCACCAUAUUCAACGCUUUCCAAGGAAUGUUCAUCUUUAUCUUCCACUGCGUCUUGCAGAAGAAAGUCCGCAAAGAGUACAGCAAGUGCUUCCGCCACACGUACUGCUGCGGCGGGCUGCCGACCGAGAGCUCGCACGGUUCCGCCAAGACCUCCACCACACGGACCAGCGCCCGCUACUCCUCUGGCACCCAGAGUCGUAUCAGGAGAAUGUGGAAUGACACCGUAAGAAAGCAAACCGAGUCCUCGUUUAUCUCAGGUGACAUCAACAGCACCUCCACCCUUAACCAAGGAAUGACCGGGAAUUAUCUACUAACAAACCCUCUUCUGCGACCACAAGGCACUAACAACCCUUAUAACACCUUGCUGGCCGAGACAAUCGUGUGUAACAACCCCACGGCUCCAGUGUUUAACUCGCCAGUGACCUACAGAGAGACAAGGCACUCGCUGAACAGUGCGGUGAGGGAUACAAGUGCAAUGGAUACUCUACCGCUAAAUGGUAACUUUAAUAACAGCUACUCGCUGCGCAACGGGGACUUUGGCAACAGUGUGCAGGUAGUGGACUGCGGCCUCAGUCUGGACGAUGCUGCCUUCGAGAAAAUGAUCAUCUCCGAGCUAGUACACAACAACCUGCGUGCCUGUAACAAAAGCCACCAACAGCAGCAGCACCCAAGUUUACACCACCCGCCCCACCACCAGCAGCCGCCGCAGUACCACCACCACCACCAUCACCACGUGGAGCGGGCUCCGCCCAAGGUGACGGUGAUAGGGGGGGGCAGCAGCAGCGAAGACGACGCCAUCGUAGCCGACGCUCCGUCUUUGGUGCACACGCGCGACACCGUGGGCCUCAAGCUGCACCAUCAGCAGGAGCUGGAGGCGCCGCUCAUCCCCCAGCGGACUCACUCUCUUCUGUACGCACCCCAGAAGAAGGUGAGGACCGACGGGGGAGUUGACACCUUUGUCAGCGAGCUGAAACCCACCGACCCUGACGAUAGUCUGCAGUCCCCAAACAGAGACUCCUUGUACACUAGUAUGCCUAAUCUUAGGGACUCGCCGUGCCCAGAGAGCAGCCCCGACGUGGUGGAGGACCUGUCGCCGUCGAAGAGGAGCGAGAAUGAGGACAUUUACUACAAGAGCAUGCCUAACUUAGGGGCCGGACACCAGCUCCAGGCCUAUUACCAGAUAGGCCGAGGGAGCAGCGAUGGUUACAUUAUUCCCAUUACUAAAGAGGGCUGCAUCCCUGAAGGCGACGUGCGGGAAGGACAGAUGCAGUUAGUGACAAGCCUUUAAAUGUAUUCAGAUCAUCCCCGAACCUCUUCCCCUUCCUCCUGGAGGACACACCAGGGGAGGAAAGAGAAGUGAGGGGAAGGGCAGAGUUUGUUUUACGUUUGAGGAGAAGCCUAGAGUCCCCGUCACUCACGUCAGCCAUUUACAAACCUCCCCUCCCCCCAUCUGCAUCGCCAUCUCCUUUCCCCCAUCAACGUGCCACCCUCCCCCUCGUCCUCGCAGACCAACGGACUCGGCACACAGCGACGGCAGUGCAGAGUUCCAAUGAGACUGUAGAUAAAAUACAGAGUCAGAAUUCAAUUUUAAAGAGACAAGCCAACCAUGUAUUUAAAAGUGCUGCUGCUGUUGAGUAAUCGAGAAAAAUUUAAGGUACGAAAAAAAAAAGAGGAAAAGAACAAAAAAAAGAAAGGACGGAAUGAUUUCCAUCUACAUCAGAUCAAUUGACCCGGUCUCAAGGUUGUACAUACACUCCCAAACAUCCUCGUUAGAACCUGUUGAUUUUGUUUGUUUGUUUUUUAUUGUGAACAAAACAACAUCUGUGGACCAGGACCCGGACACUAUUUGUGAAGCGUUCCUUAUCGGACUGUUAGAAAAGGAAUCCAAGGUCCCGGAGUCGUUCACCAUGAAGUUUGGAUUGUAUAAUCACUAGCAAUCAAGCCCCUGGCCUUAUAUUUUCUCAACUGUACAUUGAACUGUUGUCAAGGAAAAUGGCUGAAAUAUAUAUUUUGUUGUAUUGCUAGUGUAAAAAUAAAAAUUCAUGGGAAAAAAACGUAAAUAUGAAGAAACCUUUUAAUUGCAAAAUUUUACGUUUGGAGAGACUAUUGUGUAGAAGUUGCACAUAUGUUAUACAGUGUGUUUAUGGUUCCCACACUUCAUUCAUGGUAGUUACGGUUGAACAUUAAAAGCUUUUGAAAAGAGCGGAGGAGUCGGCAAAUUUCAAAGAUGCAUCACCACAGUUUUUCCACUUGUGAACAGUGUUUUUUGCUUAAUGAGUUCCAUUGAUACCACCCAUCGCAAUAUGUUUAUUCAGCAUUACUUUAGUAGAAUGGGGGGGGAUGCAGACCCCCCCCUCCCAGUGAAAGUGAUUUAUGCAUUGCACAGUUUUUGUGUGUAAUUUUGAAUGAAAUAGAGCUUUCUAAACUGUCACGGCAGAGUGAUGGGCGGAGCGGCAGCGAGUUCCUAUCAUAAAUGUAGUUCUUCCGCCUGGUUAUGGACAUUUUAUUUAUUAAAAUCUUUCCAAAAGAUAAGUGGGAAAUGUGUGAAUAUUUUCCAGCACUGGUAUACAUGCUGUACUGUAGCUCAUGUUUUUUAUGUAAACAUGUUACCAGGGGGGCUCAUCACUUAAGACUGAUGUAAAGUUCAACACUUGUUUAACAAAUAAAAUAAAUGUGAGAUUUUUUGUCAAAUGCCA